UGUUAUUCUUUUGGUUAGGGUGCGCAGUGUAGAGGCUAAAGUUUGAGAGCUCACAAAACAGUUUUACGAAGAAGACAUGCCUAUAAAACUAACACAAGGGGCAGUUAAAGCCCUCUACAAUGGAACCCCAGUGCACAAUCCAGUACUACAAUUAAUGAACAUCCGUAGGCUCACUUCCUCAGAUUCACCUAGGUACCGUCUUGCAAUGAGUGAUGGUCAGCAUUUCCUGUCUGCGUUCCUGCUGGCUACCCAGUUAAACCAUCUAGCAGAAGAAGACCUUCUUGUCCCCAAUUGUGUUUGCUUGUUGAAGAGGACAACCACCAACACUUUGUCAGAUGGCCGGCAGGUGGUGGUUGUUGUCGAAAUGGAGGUUUUGAAAUCAGCUGAGGAAACUGGUGGAAAGAUUGGAAAUCCUAAACCAUAUUCAACAGAUGGUAAGCAGGCCUCUCCACAUAUGGUGUCGUCAAACACCUCUGAACCAGCUUCCACUUCAGCUGCUGAAUUACCUGGACCCUCCGGCACAAAUAGCAACAACAGCAGAGGCUGGGGAAAAAAAUUUACAGGAAAAGCCCCCAUGACUGCGUCACCUAUGAAGACUUCUCCCAUGGAAGAGUCACCCAUGAAGACCUCCCCCAUGAAAGGGUCACCCAUGAAGACCUUCCCCAUGAAAGAGUCACCUAUGAAGACCUCCCCUAUGAAAGGGUCACCCAUGAAGACCUCCCCCAUGAAAGGGUCACCCAUGAAGGUCUCUCCAAUGAAGGCCACUACCAGUUCACCUAGCGCUAUCCCAAAAGUGAUCCCCAUUUCUAACCUCAAUCCAUACAUUAGCAAGUGGACCAUCAGAGCCAGAGUCACAAACAAAUCCAAUAUCCGUAACUGGAGUAAUUCCAGAGGAGAGGGAAAGCUCUUCUCCUUUGAGAUAGUAGAUGAGAGUGGUGAAAUCAAGAUUACAGCCUUCAACAACGAAGUGGACAAGUUUUUCUCUCUAGUGGAGCAAGGCAAGGUGUACUACAUCUCAAAGGCUACUCUAAAGAUAGCCAACAAACAGUACACCACUCUGAAGAACGACUAUGAGAUGACCCUUCAUGCUCAUUCAUCUAUUGUGCCUUGUGAGGACACCCACGAUAUCCCAUCAAUGCAGUGUGACUUUGUGCCUAUUGGAGACUUGGAAAACAGAGACAAAGAUGCCAUUAUUGAUAUAAUUGGAGUGUGCAAGAGUGCAGAGGAUGUAUCCCGUAUCACCACAAAGAACAGCAGAGAAGUCUCCAAGAGGGCCAUCAACCUAAUAGACACCACCGGUAAAGUGGUGACAGUCACUCUGUGGGGGGAGGAGGCGGAGAAGUUUGACGGCUCAGGACAGCCUGUUGUUGCCAUCAAAGGAGCUCGCUUGUCUGAUUUUGGAGGCAGAUCUCUCUCAGCUUUGUUCAGUUCAACAGUCAUGGUCAACCCAGAUUUACCCGAAGCCUUCAGACUUAGGGUCUGGUAUGACAAGGAAGGUUAUGCAGUCGACAGCCAGUCGUUAACAGAAACCAUGUCAGUCAGCAUUGGACCAAAGAUGAAUUGGAAAACGCUGAGCGAUGUUAAGAAUGAAAACAUGGGACACGGCGAGAAGGCGGAGUAUUUCAGCUGUGUGGCGACAGUAGUGUACAUGCGUAAAGAGAAUUGCUUGUAUCAGGCAUGUCCGUCUGCAGACUGCAACAAGAAGGUGAUAGACCAACAGAACGGUUUUUACCGCUGCGAAAAGUGUAACAGAGAGUUCCCUAGCUACAAAUAUAGACUCCUACUUUCGGCUAACUUGGCAGACUUCGGGGAUAACCAGUGGGUGACAUGCUUCCAGGAGACAGCUGAGGUCCUGCUGGGUCGCAAGGCAGAGGAGCUGGGACAGCUCAGAGAAACAGACGAGGCUGAGUUCGAUGAAGUCUUCCAGAAAGCCAACUUCAAAACACACAUCUUUAAAAACCGAGUCAAAUUGGAGACGUAUAACGAUGAGAGUCGGGUGAAAGUCACCGUGAUGGAGGUGCUUCCUGUCGACCACAGAGAAUACAGCAGGAGACUGAUCAGUAACAUCCAGAAAUUGGCUUGCUGAUCUUGGUCGCCAUCAUCGAACGGCUGCCUGAUAAUUAGAUGCACCUUCACCUGGUUUCUGAUUGGACUGGGCUGUGACUGGUGUUUAAUUGUUAUGAUGAAAAAUCAUCAUAACAAUUAAAAAGACUAAUAGGAUGAUGUUGUUGUUUAACAGGCUCAGAUGUUGACCCUCAAAAAAAGAAAGCGUUUUGUAGUAUUUUUUAUGUCAGGGGUUUUGGUUUUAAAGAAAUUUAAUUUGUGCAAUUUGUUCUUUUCCCUGUUACCCUCUGUGCCACUCUUCUAUACAGUUCAGUGUGUUUUCCUGUUGAGUGUUUCAAACUGCUUUUAAAGUAUGUUUAUGUGAGAAAAGCAAGUCUUAAAAUGUUCUCAGUUUUUUUUUAACUGCAUGAAAGUUUCUCUUUAUUUUGUGUUCCAUGCCUCUUUUUAAACAUUCAGUUUACUUGUUUAGUCUUGUUUGCCUCUGAAUGUCAAACUUAGAAAAAAAGGUGAUUAAAACCACUUAAAGCAAUCCAAUCUUCACCUCUAUCUCUGUCAUAAAGCAUCUUGAUAAUACAAACAGUGUAGCGAACGAGGAAUUAUAUAUCAGGAUAUGAUUACUGAUUGUCAAAAGAUGUUAAACACUUUUUAAAAGUGUUGGAGAAUAUUGCUAAAACUGACAUCAAUUAGAUACUGAAGAAACUAAUUGCAUGUUCUAACUACUUUCAUUUGUCAUCCUGCUGUUGGCUUCAGCUGCUCACAGCAUCAAAGAAAUCCUUUUAGUGGGUUUCUGUCAGCACUGUCACUCCUGUAAACACUGUCAACGCUGUUGGGAGCUGUGUUCUCAUAAGCAUUUUGCACAAAGCUUAUUCAGACCAUUUCUUAUCCUAUGCCAUGUUGUAUUGAAAAAUUAUUUGAGGAGUUAUUCAGGUUUUUUAUCCCCAAAAUAAGAAAAACAGGCUUAUAUUAUAAUAUAUUUGAAUUAACAUAGCCUAAUGGUCCCAAGCAUCACCGGGGAUCUUAAAAUAUCUUUGUUUUUCAACAAAUGUAUGUCUGAUAAUUAAAAGAAAAGCAGGUUAGAGGACGCUUUGCCCUGUAAGGGUUAGUAUCAGUUUUCUGUGAACUAUUUGUUCUGGAAACAGAUUUACAUGCAGUUUACCAUGAUGAAGAUUCAGUUAUUCUCAACCCUUCUUGGUGAUUAAAUUGUUUUCUAUGCAGUGUGUCUGGAAACAGGUUGGGAUUUAUUUAUAUUUGGACAUUUUUACUCCUAAUCUAAAAUGCCUCCAAGCCUGUGAGUACAAUAAUAAUUUAGAUAUUCUAACUGCCAAUAAUACAAAAGGUGUCAACAAAAAUUAAAAGUAGAGAUAUUAAUAAUAUCGACUCAUGAAGUUUUGUGUAUGUUUAUAGAAAAUCUUAUGAAAUAUUUUUCUUUUUUACUUGGAUAAAUUAACAAGUUUAGUUCUGUUUAGUUAGAUAUAUUGUCAUUAUUUAAAAACUUCUAGGGAUGCUGCUUCUAGGUCCAGUGAUUGCAUAUUCGGAGGAAGCUGUGAGAUCAGUCAUUUAGGACUUAAACCCCUUAUCAGAGAUUAGGUUUUAAUAAUAAGAGAUGCCAGCCAUUAAUGCAAAUGGGAACAGUAAAGGACAAAGUAAAGAGAUCAGAGAAAAUUACUUUUUUAAAUCAAUUAUCCUUUGAAUUUUGAGAGGUGAGAAAUGAAUUUCAUUCAGGUUAAAAUCUCUUUUUUUUCUCUUCCUUGUACUGUGGAAACAUUUCAGUGUCUCUGUCUGCAGAUUCUAAAU